AUAGAUAUAAAUAAAUAUUUAAGUGACAUAAAUGCGUGGCAAUGAGGAUAUUGAAGCUUAUUGGUAUGCUGGUGCGAUUGCCAAUACGACUGCACAAGUCAUAACGCAUCCAAUUGAUUUGGUACGAUUGUUGGUUCAGUCGAAUACUAAAAAAAUAUCUUCACGUGAGAUUGUUAAAAAAAUCUUGGAAAAACGAGGAAUUUUAGGUUUCACAUUUAGCUUACGGAGCGCCACUCAAAGACAAAUUAUCUAUUCAGUAAUGCGUUUCGGUUUCUAUGAAAUGGGCAAGCGCACAGAAAACACGGAAAAUUUCAGACUUAAAGCGACAAUAGCUGCUGAGAGUGGAUUGGUGGCGGGUUUUCUAUGUACACCUUUCGAGAAAAUGAAUGUGCGCAUGUGUACAGAUAUGAUAAAACCGCCACAUAAAUCCCGAAACUACACAUCGGUUUUUAAUGGCGUCAUAAGUAUGUAUCAAAAAGGAGGAUUGAAUGAAGUGUACAGGUGUGCCUUUAUCUCUUCAAUCCGCGGUAUGUUUAUGUCAGUGGGACAGUUGGCGGUUUAUGAUGAGUUCAGAGAAUUGUUCUUUAAGACGGAUCGAUUCAAAGAAGAUUGGCAUUCAUGCUUCUUCGCUUCGUUGAUAGCCGGUGGUGUUACCACCAUAAUAAUAACACCUGUCGAAGUGGUGAAACUGAUAUUUAUGGAUGCGCAUAAACAUAAAUAUCGCAGUAGUUUGGAUGUGAUGCGUUCGCUUGUACAAGUCUAUGGUUACAAGGGAUUUUAUCGUGGAAUAUUCGUUUCAUUUCUGCGCAUUGUGCCUUCAACUUUGCUCACUUUUCUACUCUACGAGUGGAUAUGUACGGAGUUCAAUUUAAGCGAUUGAUUACUAAGCUGAUCUUAAAUUAAAGUUAAAUUAAUUGUACAAAUAUUAAAACUAUGUAUGUACAUUUGUGUGUAUAUGUAAAAUGUGUCGCUUUUUAUAAGCAAAACAAAUAACAGUGUUUUAACAGAAUACUAUAUCCGCUCGUUUUUGCUUUGAGGAUAAAUAACACAAACGGGAGUAUACAUAAAAGGGGAAAGCCU